AUGUCAGCCCUGCCAUCGCCAAAGACAGCUGCCAUGGAGGCCGCUCUACUCUCCUCUCUCGCGCUGAUGAGAACGCCAACUAAGAGCGCCUCUACGCCGCGUCCAAAAUCAUCUACAACAACCACCACCCCAGUCCCAGCCAGCCUACCAAGUACCCCGGAGCCACAAACACCGCGCAAACCCAGAAGACCCACCACACCGUUAGCGCCACGAAAGCGCGCUCGUCCUUCCACCGAUCCCCUCUUAACACCCUACACCCCAAAGCGCACGCGCACAACCCUCCCUACAUCACCAUCAACGCCCUCCAAACUCCCGCGCACCCGCAGAAAGAAAGCCCUCGCCUUUGACCGCGAGGUCUGCAUCUCCAUGGCUGUGCUCAGGGCGCAGAAAGACGAUCCCAGUGCGCUGCUGAGGCCUCCGCCGCGCAGGAGCGAUGGGCUAAGAAGGCUGGUCAGGAUGCGAAUUCAGUGGGAGCUGGAGAAGGUCAGGGGUGGCGGGGAGAGAAUUGUGGAGUCUGUUAUUGGGCCAGUGAGGGGAAGGAAGGUGGGGAAGCAGGGGUAG